CGUCUAGUCAGUUUGCAAUAUUCAUACAUAAUGGAUUUAUUUCUCAAGAUUUUGACAUUAUUAAUUAUAGUUUGUGCAUCACCUGGAUACUCGUUCAGGCACAAGACACCGGCUAGUUCUUUUCGACGACGAGAUUUCAUGGAAAGAUGCCCACUUGUUAAGCCUAUGAGAAGUCUACAGCUAGCAGACAUGAUGGGAUUUUGGUACAUCAUACAAUACUACUCAAGCUCCGAAGAGACAGCCGAGUAUAAGUGCAUGAAAGGAAAUUUAGAAAUGUCUGACAAUAAGGAUAUAACAAUGAAAUUUACAUAUUUCUUUAUCAACGACCCCAACAAUGAGUUAAUGAGCGGAAAUAUUACAUGGUAUAUACCAAAUUUCAACGAUGUUUCGCAUUGGAUUCAUGCUGAAGGUUUCUACGAAGGUGUAUAUAAUACAUACAUUAUCGAUAAUUGCCGUCAAGAUUGGGCAUUGAUAAUGCAUUGCGCUGAGAAAAAGAGAUCUUCGAGAUAUCUUUCGGCAUUGAUGUUGAGCCGAACACCUACUUUGGGACACAAUGUAAAAGUAUUUUUGCGAGAAAAAUUGCCCCAAUACAAUAUCGAUUUGGAUUAUAUGUUUGAUGUUUAUCAAGAUGAUUGUAAGGAAGGAAUUGGUAAGUGGAACUGCAUUUUGUGGUUUGUUUUAUUGUUCAUUUGAAAUUCUCUUUGUUUAAGCUACUAUGGAUGAGUACUAUCGGUAUGUUUUGAAGAAUAAGGACAACUCUACUGAUGUGCCAGCUGUGGACAAAGCUUGAAAUAGACUUUUCUAUUUAAAGUCCGAAUCAUCUUUGAGCUCUGAUACUUAAAAUUCACUAUAAAAACCUAUAAAAAUUUGAAAACUUAAAUUUAACAUUCAAAACUUAAUUGAAUUCCAUGCGAACGUAUGAAGCAUAGACGUCAAAACAAUCUGUGCGACUUUUACAUAAGUUUAAAUUGAAGCUUUUAGAGUCUGUAAUGUGCUUUUUAGAAAAUAUUAAUAAAUCAGUAUAACGAAUUUUUAAAAUUCAAAAAUUUUGAUAAUCCGACAAAAAAUCGGACUACAGUUCAAAUUUCAAAAGUACGUUGAGCGGUUUGUGACUUUGUUGCAGACUUGACUCUAUAAUGAACUGAAAAUUAACACAAUGUUUUCCGAGUUUUUUAUUAUCGACAAAUUGAAUUAGCAUCUUAAAAAGUAAUUAUUUGCUUUGUUUCGGACGCUUCUCUUUUAUUUAUUGAAUAAACUUUAAGUUCUUGAUAAUUUGUUGUUAUAAAAAUAUUAUUCAAGAAAAAUAAAGACGAAUUUUACUAUGUUUCUUCAUUCAUUUAACUAUAGCUAUGCACAUUCAGAGCCUCAAGAAAUAAUAUCAUUAUUUUUCAUAUUUUCUAGGAAAGUAUUUUUGUUUUUUUGGGGAUUUUUAAAAAAUCCAUUUAAAAGUAGAUAAAACAUAAUAUUGAGCUAUUACUAAAUUGACAAAAUAAAACUUAAUUAAACUAAACUAAUAGAAUGCAAAUGUAUGGGGCACUUUUCUUUGAAUAAGUUCUAAAUUCGAUUAAUGUUUUCAUUUGUUCAGAAAAAAAUUCCUUAA